AGAAGAAUAGGAGCCAACAUGAAGGGAAAAAUAGAGGGGAGAAACCACGUAUAUGAGGCAAAAGGUGGGUGGGGUGGGUGUGGGUAGAGGAGGCAAAAUCACACCCUUGGUGUGUUCGUACCCUUCCACAAAUCCUCAUGUGAAUCCACGUACUCAUCUCCCCUCACCUUCCCAUCCAAUGGGCGAGUCUUGGACACCCUUUUUCUUCUAGUAUAAUUAGGAGAGUUAGGUUCCCUUGUCAACCUUUUUAGUGUAUGCGAGACAUAUCCUUGUAUAUAUCCCAUAUUCUCAUACUAAUUCCCUCAUAUCACCCAAUUCAUUUCCCUCACUCAUUCCUUCCUUCACUAACAAUCAUAGGCAUCAAACCUCUCCCACCCCCAGAAGCAAAUAUAUAGGCGAGAGACUCUCGAGGAGCUAGAAAUCUAAUAAGCCAGCAUGGAGAUGAGCCAAGACGAUAUGUGUGACACCGGCCUCGCCCUUGGGUUGGGCAUCCGUGGGAGGAGCAGCUCAUCUAGCGAUCUCCAUCACCGACAUGAGCCAUGGUCGACCUUCCCAUCAAUUACGAAGCCUUGCAAGCCAUCCCUCACCUUAGGCCUCUCCAGUGGUGUCUAUGGGGCGACUGCCGUGACGAAGGCCGAGUCUCACAAGACUUAUAACGAGGAGUUUACACCAGCACGGCUAUCUUCACCUCAUAGCACGCUCUCGUCGUUCUCCACUGCCUACCCUCCAAGCAUCAAGAGGGAGAAGGAUGCAGGGUCCGACGUGGGAGAGGUGGAGAGAGUCUUUUCACGGGCCAGCGAUGAAGAGGAGGAUGCUAGUGCUAGAAAGAAGCUUAGGCUUACGAAAGAGCAGUCUGCCCUCUUAGAGGAAAGGUUCAAGGAGCAUAGUACCCUAAAUCCAAAACAAAAGCAAGCUUUAGCCAAGCAAUUGCAUCUCCGGCCACGACAAGUGGAAGUAUGGUUUCAGAAUAGGAGAGCAAGGACUAAGCUGAAGCAGACUGAAGUCGAUUGUGAAAUCCUCAAACGGUGCUGCGAGACACUGACAGAUGAGAACAGGAGGCUAAAGAAGGAGCUGCAGGAGUUGAAGGCCCUCAAAUUUGCGUCGCCGCUCUACAUGCGGUUUCCUGCAGCCGCCCUCACGAUGUGCCCUUCAUGCGAGAGGGUUAGUGGUGCGUCCAAUGGCUCCUCCAAAGGCAGCGGUCCCGAACCUUUCAUGGUGGCCCAACCAAAACCUCAUUUGCUCAAUCCUUUCACCCAUUCAGCAGCAUGCUAGGAAAGAGGUUUUUAGUCACCACAUGAUAUGUAAUUAAUUCUCUCGCUUUUUCACCUGGUUUCUUCUUCUUCCUUCUUCUUCUUUGAUCAAGGAGAUAGAUCGUAGCGUAGAAGGAAAAGAAGAAUCUCAUGAUUUCCUGAUGUUCAAACACUUAUCUAAUUAUUAACCCAUCUCCUAGGUCGUCCAAUGUUCUUUUCUCUUAUCAGGUAUGUUAAUUAAUCAUUGUACAGGAGAAAAGAAAUCCCAUUGGCUCUUAGUGAUAAGAAAAGAAAUCUAUGCAUGAACCAUGGAAUUUUU